ACCAAGCCGUUCGGUGAAGCGGGCAGGUUGGAGCGGGUUGCUCAGGCGUAACUAUGUUCUCCGUGCUACAAAUACCAAGAACCCCGUGGAGAGAACAAGGGGAAAGCCGUGGUCGGUAAUUAACUCAGUCGGUUAUUUUGUUUUGGAGGGUGUGAAAAAAAUUUGCUCCCGGACUUGUGUUGUUUUUCUCCGUUCUGGCACAGCAGCAUCAUGGUUGAGCAGUCGGACCGCGCUCCGCUCCUGGACUGGGAGGAGAUCCAACCGGGUGAACCGCCCCAGGCGGUACCGUCAACCGCACCAGUGAAGGAAAAUGCAUCUGAGACUUGUACACCAGAUUGGCGGGCACCGGGCAGCGUCGUGCUGGGCAUCGAGAGCACUGUCAUUUCUGGCGAUUUGGCAAGUGCAGUUGUGAACAGCGUGGACUUGAGAAUACCAGAGUAUUGUGGACCGGGGUGGGAUGUUUCAAGUCCCACUGAGUCUAACCAUAUGUUCCCGGGAAUAUCAGUAAAAAACUGUUUAACGGAAUGGGAGGAAAAGGACCAGAUUGUGGCUGUGUUUGUGGUCACCUUUGACACCAGAUCAGGGAACAUGGUGGAAUGGUGUCUGCCUCAAGACGUGGAUCUGGAGGGCGUGGAGUUCAAGUCCAUGGCCAGCGGCUCGCACCGGAUCGCCAACGACUUCAUAUAUUUCCGUAAAGGCCGCUAUUUUGGCCUGGCCUGUUUUGCCAACAUGCCUGUAGAGAGUGAGCUGGAAAGAGGGGCGAGGAUGAAGUCUGUGGGCAUCCUGUCCCCAUCCUAUACGCUGCUGUACCGCUACAUGCACUUCCUGGAGAACCAGGUGAGACACCAGCUGAAGUGCCCGGGCCAGUACUUCCCCCUGGAGGCCUUUUACGAAGACAAGAAGGCUGUGCUGCCCCCUGCAGAGAACGGGCUGGUCACGGUCUGCCCCAGCAGCAUCUGGACGGCAGGCCCCAUCAACCGCUGCAUGCACCCAGAGAUGAAGAUCACCCACCCAGCAGGAUGCAUGUCCCAGUUCAUCCAGUUCUUCGGGGAGCAGAUCAUGGUGUUGUGGAAGUUCGCUCUGCUCAGGAAGCGCAUCCUCAUCUUCUCCCCCCCUCCUGUAGGGGUGGUCUGCUAUAGGGUGUACUGCUGUUGCUGCCUGGCUAACAUGUCCAUCCCCGGGCUGGGCGCGUCCGUGCCGGAGCUCCGCCCCUUCUUCUACAUCAACGUGGCGGACAUCGCCACCCUGGAGACGGAGGUGUCGUACGUAGCCUGCACGACGGAGAAGAUAUUCGAGGAGAAGAAGGAGCUGUAUGACGUGUAUGUUGAUAACCAGAACGUGAAGACGCACAGAGACCGACUGCGACCCCUGCUCCGGCUGAACGAGGCAGACAAGGAGAAGUACAGGAAACUAAGUGAACAGAGGCAACUGCUGCUGUACUCCCAAGAAGUGGAUGAAGACUGCACCUCAAAUGAGGAGGACCUCUUUGUUCUGUUCUUCAUGGAGCAGAACAACAGGAUCUUCAAGAUCCUGUCGGAGGUGGCGGGGAGCUCAGACCGUACUCUGACCGCUGAGCAUGUUAGGGCGAUGGGCCUGGACCCCCAGGGAGACCGCUCCUUCCUGGUGGACCUGCUGGAGCUGUACGGCAUCGACGCCAUGCUGGUCAUAGACAACCCCUGCUGCCACUGAAAACUGUGGACAACCUUUUUGAGGCCUUCUUGGAUCUUAAACCCCAGAACUGCCCCUUCUGGAAAGCCCUGUCACCCCAGAACUACCCCUUCUGAAAGGCCCUGUCACCCCAGAACUGCCCCUUCUGAAAGGCCCUUUCUACCCAGAACUGCCCCUUCUGGAAGGCCCUGUCACCCCAGAACUACCCCUUCUGAAAGGCCCUGUCUACCCAGAACUACCCCCUUCUGAAAGGCCCUGUCACCCCAGAACUACCCACUUCUGGAAGGUUCUGUCGAGGAUGUUUAUCCCAGGACAGGGAUGUUUAUUAACUCAUAUCAUUUCAAAACGUCUUGCCCAGUCAUGUAUCAUUUCAAUAUUCACAAAGAAGAGGGGAGUCCUUCUGCUGCAAAACCUCACUUCUAUAUUACAAAUUGAACGUCAGCAUCAGUACUGUAUUGAACGGUUGUUUAUCUCAUUAAGUUUUCGCCGUCUUCUGGACAUUGGUGCAAAUGAACAUCAAUUGUUGCAUAGUGUUCUAGAUUAGAUGUUCUAGGGACGCGUUGGUCACACCGGUGUGACGCUGUGCGUGAAAGCGUUGACACUGUACGACAAACUCAUGGACAAAAUCACAUGUACACGUGCUCUCACCUAAAAAAGGAUGUUUAUGACCUCAUCAUGUGAAAGGAACGCUGUGUUUGUUAGGACUGCAGCUGGUGAAGGUGGUCACCUGUUGAGCCGAGACUGAUAAGAGAAUUCCCAUGAAAGGCUGUCACCUCAGUGGGAGCACCCUCUGGUCUGGUCCUGUUGAUCUUUUGGGGGAAGAUGGCAGCCUGAAUGCGGUCACGUGUGCGGUGACUUCCUGAGCUGUGUAACGUUUCAUCACGGUUCUUACACUUGUCCCUUGAACAACUGUAGUCUAGGGAAACCUCAACGAAUGUGAAUUACACAACCCUAAUCGAAUCCUGCUGCAUCUCAACCACAGACUUCAACAAUGAACAUGUCGACUGAUUUAUUUUUUCUGUGUUCCUUUGAAAAGAUCGAUGUUGGUUCCGGCCGUGUGUUAGGGUGAGUAAUGCACUAAUGGAAGGAGAGGUCAGGCAGUGUGAGCUAGCUGGAGCUGUUCUGGAGGAAUCUCUCUCUCUGCUGAGUCUUGCUCUGGGAUUCAAACUUCCUCCACUGCAAUCACUAGAUUGAAGAUGAAAUGGGUGGUGAAUCUAGAACCUCCUAGACUCAUAGCUAAUUCCCCCACCCCCCCGGCCAGUUUUUAGAUGUGAUUUAUAAUGUAAAUGUACUGUUCCGUAAGGUCGCUGUUAGCUAUAUGGUCUGAUUGAAUUCUCCUGAUCUGAACCACAGUGAAUUCUCCUGAUCUGAACCACAGUGAGAACUGUGAGAGUAUAAAACUGUAGGAGUCUCUUGUUGUCUGCGACAGUUGUGGAGAAAAGCUCUGCUAGACUGUCCCAGUAACAGAGAGUCUCUUUGUGUGCUCUGUGUCCUGGAGAGGCCGUUCCUGGGGUUGGGGAGAGGGGGACCACCCUCACUCCUCACCAGGCAGACAGGCCCCAUGUCUUCUGCAUGAAGGGGUUCUCUCUAACUCUCUCUUUCCUUCUGUCUCUCUCGUUUCGCUCAUUCUUUUGAACACCGCUCCAUUCAUUAUGGUUUAAAUUCCAGUUGGUCCUCGUCUGGGGGGGGGGGCGCUGGGGGUUGCUGAGUGUCUCUUGGAUGGGGGCCUGCCCCUUUUGUUGGCCCCUAAUGAACUGAGCUGUCAGCCCAAAUAGAUCUGUAGUCUGAUCUGUAGUCUGAUGUGAAUGAGGACAUCCUGGAAGGUCAGACUGGAGCCAGAAUGUUCAGGAAGACACUUCGACGAGCCCCCAGUCCCACCCAGGUGAAGCCCCGGGCCAGUCACGAGACUUCAGCCUGGGGAAGUUACGAGAGGCCUGGAGACCUGGAUGGGUUAAUGAAUUCAUGACUCCCAUCAUCGCAAGGUAAACUUGACGGUUUGUCAUGGGCUGAUGUGUUUGACGACCCGGUUCCUGUCAACAGUGAAGAUGUGAGGUGUCUCCUCAGCACAUGACAUGUCCUUACUGCGCUGGCUCUCUUGUUUGUCCUGCAGGUGUGUUUACCUGGAUCUCUGUGUCAGAGGCUGGGGAAUGUAUAUGACACACGCACUGUCUGAAAUUCCUUCUUUGUGGACUCAUACACGUACCUCAACCAGCAUUCGGUCAUCUGACUUUAUUUGUACGGUGUGCCACCUCACUGAAUGUCAAUAGAGCAAAUCUGUAUUACACACACACGCCAGUAUGCAACAGUCUUCACGCAGUCUGUACUGUUCUUAGUGUGCUUCGUAACCGCACUGUGAAUCAACACUUUACUCACAGCUAUAGCUAACUUAACACAGUAACCUGCCCUAGUUCCACGGUAGAUGACGUCAGUUGGGUACACAGCCUGAGGAACUCGAUGACCCGAGUCUCUCUCCUGAGGCCGGUUAAUGACGGGGACACAGUACUGCCAUUGUGAAACAAUAAAACUGUUAUCUGA